UCAUUUUAUUACUACACCGAGACACAGUUAAUUGGGAAGUAACGCGGUUCAAUACACAAAUAAAUACAUUACAGCUGUCAAGUGACCGACAGAGAAUAUUAUUCAAUUUAAUCAUAAACUGAGAAGAAAAUGGCUCAAAAGAGGUUAAAAAAGGAAUGUAAAGAUAUAAACAUCGACCCUCCACCUGGUUGCUCAGCUGGCCCAGAUGAUGAUAAUUUAUUCAGAUGGUCAGCCUCCCUUACAGGACCAGAAGGAAGCCCAUACCAAGGAGGUGUGUUCUUCCUAAAGAUGAUGUUCCCAACAGAUUAUCCUUUUAAACCUCCAAAGGUUGUAUUUGACACAAAGAUAUAUCACCCAAACAUCAACAAUCAUGGUAAUAUAUGUCUGGAUAUACUGAGGUCUCAAUGGUCUCCGGCUCUUACUGUAGGCAAAGGUAGGUUCAUUCAUUCUUGUUUUUGUUCCUCACUUAAUCAAGUUGGAUUUUUUUUCAGAUUUCUAUUACGUACAAACUUAAAGGACAUUUGAGCACACCAUGAGAAA